UGGAAGCGAGCUGGCCGGCUGGGGAGGUGGAGGACGGGGAGAGAAGAGGAAGGAGGCUCCGGGAGCAAGCGAGACAAAAAGGGUCAGGCCUGGGACUUGGGAAAAUCGGGAGAUCGGAGAAAAAGAGGGAUCAUCUCUCAUUCCUUUUUUUCUGUUCCUUUUGAGUUUAAUUUGGCCUCAUCUACAUCGCCCUUCAUCAGACAUUACCCAUAAGACCCUCAACAAUGCCGUCCAACACUGUCACCAACACCAACAGCACUGCAUUCAAAGGCUCAGACUAUGCAGACUCACCAGGAAACAGAAUGGGUGAAAGCACAAUGCUGGACAGGGACCUGAUGACGGAGAAGUCAGCUAAAAGUAGUGCCUCAUUUAAAGUUGGCAAGCCUGGAAGAAAACGCAAGUUUCAGGUGGAGAGCUGCGACUCUCUCAAAGGCAGUGUGAGUGUGGGUAAGAGCUACAGCGGGCUCGGUAGGCCGUCCAUGGCACAGGUCCACAAUGGAGACGUGGGCGGGCACAGGGACAGGACGUCUGAAGCCUGCUUCCCCAAACAGGAGAGGAGGGAAGUGGAGAACGGGAUCCCCAGAGACCCUUCCUCCUGCCGGGCAGAGGAUAGCUCCCAGGGUCAGAGCCUGAGUCUGUGUCCUCCCCAGGAGAACGGAUUUCUGCCCAGCCGGGACGAGCAGGACACAGAGAAAGACAAGGACGACAGCCUGACGACACCGCACAAGAAAAGAGGACGGCGGAAACUGGAGCGUCCAACUAAAUAUGUGGAACACAAGGAGGAGGACGGGGCAGAUGCAGUCAAGACCGAGGGAGGUCGAGGCAGGCUGCGAGGGGGAGUUGGUUGGGAGAUCAGCCUUCGGCAGAGGCCUGUGCCCAGAAUAACCUUCCAAGCUGGUGACCCUUAUUACAUUAACAAGCGGACCAGAGAGGAGUGGCUGGCCAAGUGGAAGAUGGAGGCAGAGAAAAAGGCCAAACUGAUGUCAGCGAUGAACGUAAUGAAGGAUCACGAGGAGGAGAAUGAAAUAGAUACACCGAGAGAAGAAGUCUCAAUAAUCAAGCACCCUUUGCCUACAAGACAGCAGCAGCCCCUUCAGCCCCAGACGCACACUCAGUCACAGCCUCAGUAUCAACAGCAAUCACAGCCGUCGCUGACACUGCAACAAAAGCAAACACAGCAAAAACAACAACAGCAUCAGCAGCAUCCUCAGCAGCAGCAGCAGCAGCAGCCUACUGACCCUGCCUCCCCUCCUGUGGCCACGACGCCCGAGCCAGUCGCCAUCGGAGGUGGCGACAAGACUUCCCCUAAGUCUGCAGACACUGAGCCAGAGUAUGAUGACGGUCGUGGUUUUGGCAUUGGCGAGCUGGUUUGGGGAAAGCUGCGAGGGUACUCGUGGUGGCCAGGCCGCAUUGUAUCCUGGUGGGUUACAGGACGGAGCAGAGCUGCUGAGGGAACCAGAUGGGUCAUGUGGUUUGGAGAAGAUAAAUUUUCAGUGAUUUGUGUAGAGAAACUUAUGCCUUUAAGUUCCUUCACUAAUGCCUUUCACCAACCUACUUACAACAAGCAGCCCACAUACAAGAAAGCUAUCUAUGAAGUGCUACAGGCGGCUAGCAGCCGGGCAGGCAAAGCCUUCAAGGCCUGCAACAACAGUGAUCAGACAGAAACCUCCAAAUCAGUGGAAAUGCUGAACAAGCAGAUGAUUGACUGGGCUAUGACAGGAUUUCAGCCUACUGGACCCAAGGCCUUAGAGCCACCAGAGGAGGAACGUAACCCAUACAAACAGGUUUACCCUGAGAUGUGGGUGGAGCCUGAAGCAGCAGCCUAUACACCUCCUCCAGCCAAAAAGCCUCGCAAAAGCACAGCAGAGAAACCCAAGGUCAAGGACAUUGUCGAUGAGAGGACACGAGAGCGACUUGUUCUUGAAGUGAGACAAAAGUGCCGCAGCAUAGAGGACAUCUGCAUCUCCUGUGGAAGUCUGAAUGUCAGCCGUGAGCACCCGCUGUUUGCUGGAGGAAUGUGCCAGGGCUGUAAGAACUGCUUUCUAGAGUGUGCAUACCAAUAUGACGACGAUGGUUACCAGUCAUACUGCACUAUCUGCUGCGGAGGACGAGAGGUGCUCAUGUGUGGAAACAACAACUGUUGUCGGUGUUUCUGUGUGGAGUGUGUCAACCUCCUUGUCGGUCAAGGUGCUGCCCACACAGCCAUCAAAGAGGACCCGUGGAACUGCUACAUGUGUGGUCAGAAGAGUGUACAUGGUCUUUUGUUGCGUCGCACUGACUGGCCCAACCGUCUCCAGCACUUCUUUGCAAAUAAUCAUGACCAAGAUUUUGAAGCACCAAAGCUUUACCCCCCGGUCAUGGUGGAGAAGAGGAAGCCCAUUCGUGUCCUGUCUCUAUUUGACGGCAUAGCAACAGGGUUGUUGGUGCUAAGAGAACUUGGAAUCCAAGUGGAUCGCUACAUAGCUUCUGAAGUGUGUGAAGACUCCAUCACUGUGGGGAUCGUCCGGCAUCAGGGUCGCAUCAUGUAUGUUGGUGAUGUGAGGACCGUCACUCGCAAACAUAUACAUGAGUGGGGCCCUUUUGACCUAGUUAUUGGUGGAAGUCCAUGCAAUGACCUCUCUAUAGUCAACCCUGCGAGAAAAGGUCUGUAUGAGGGCACUGGUCGCCUCUUCUUUGAGUUUUACCGGCUGCUUCACGAGGCUCGGCCCAAGGACGGAGAUGACCGGCCUUUCUUCUGGCUCUUUGAAAACGUGGUUGCCAUGGGUGUCAGUGAUAAGAGGGACAUAUCUCGCUUUUUAGAGUGUAACCCAGUGAUGAUCGAUGCCAAGGAGGUGUCUGCUGCCCACCGUGCCCGCUACUUCUGGGGUAACCUUCCUGGCAUGAACAGGUUGGUGUGUGAAUGGCCUUUGUCUGCUAUGUACAAUGACAGGGUAGACCUCCAGGACUGUUUAGAGCAUGGCAGAACAGCUAAGUUUGAGAAGGUGAGGACCAUCACCACCAGGUCUAAUUCCAUCAAGCAGGGCAAGGACCAGCACUUCCCUGUCAACAUGAAUGAAAAGGAAGACAUCCUCUGGUGCACUGAGAUGGAGAGGGUCUUUGGUUUCCCAGUCCAUUAUACUGAUGUCUCCAACAUGAGCCGGCUGGCGAGGCAGAGGCUCCUGGGCCGAUCAUGGAGCGUCCCGGUUAUCCGCCACCUGUUUGCACCACUCAAAGAUUACUUUGCCUGUGCUUGAGCAACGGGGGAAACUCACUUUGAACCAUUUAGGAACUACAACUGUAUGUUGUGACUAGAAAUAAGAGCCUUGAUCCUCAAAUUAUACUCUUUGUAUAAUUUGUAAGCAAAACAUUGACGUAGAUUUCACAUUUUUUCUUGUAUUUGAAUUGUAAUUCUUAUUCUAUUUAAUUUUGAUAUGUCAUUUUACCUUUUAGCAGUGUUAUCAAGUAUUGUUGAUUUGUUUGUGCAAGCUAUACUUGAGACUAUGCUUUCUUCUCAAGACACUGAGAUAGAAAAGUGCUAGACUUGUACUUUAAAAGCGUUGGAAAAGACCCGAGGGAUAGGAAACAGUUAGGAAAUCUGUGAAAUGUUUCUGCUGUGUGAGCUUCCGGCUACUGAGCCUCACAGGUGUGGAGAGGAAGGGGAUUUUUCUUCAGUGUCAGGAGAGCAGUGUCUCUAAGAAUCCAAAACACCAGAUCACAUAUACCUCUUUGUUUACAGUUUCUAUACAUAACUGAAGGUAAUAAUGGUACUACUGUAAAAUGGUUACAAUACCAUGGUGCUUCAAGAUGAUUUGAAACUUCAUCACCCAUGUGGCGGUCCAACUUUAGUCAAAUACUAACUCUUUAACCUGUUGCUGGAAUAUGUUGUGUUUUCCUUUUUUUUUCUCAGAUUUUUUACACACAAAAAUCUGUCGUUUUUGUUUGUUUGUUUGUUAAAUUCACUUCUAAAGGAACUGACUGCAAAAUAUCCUCUUAUCUGCAUAUUACAUCUUUUAUACACUUUCUACUGGUGCUCAUUUAUUCACUCAGCCUUGCUACGUUCAGACUCAACGUCUGAAUCUGCACAAAAAAAGUGAAGCUAGCCACAUGGGAUAUGAUGUUUUCUGUCAUUUGUUUAGAAAUGAAAACUUUAGAUCAACGUCUGUGAAACUACAUUUUUUCUAGUUUCAUCCUGACCAAUGACAUUACUGUACAACUGUUAUAGCAAGUGUGGUCGUUAGAGGGAGAGAGGUUGACCAGGCCGGGUGGCUCUGCUCCUCAGCUUCCACUUCUGCAAACUGUAAAAACUGUCAGGUGCAAAUCUUCAACAAUAUGGUGCGGCUUCACAAAGUUCUUCUACCUUUUUAUAGCAAUUUUGUGCUGUUUUAUCAACAUUAUAAAGCACUUUUAUAUGUAUACUUUCUUUUUUUCUUGAUAUUUUUUUAAAAAGGAUAUUGGUUUUUGUGAAUUGUUUUCUCGUUUCGUUUUAUGAUGUGAAAUGAUCUACCCUCGUGUAAUACUUUUUUGUAUACAGUAGGGCUGUGCCAAUAGAAGUGAAAGAAUGGAUUUUGAUAUGUGAAACCCAUGUUAUUUCAGUGUACAGUAGAUGGAUUGACAUUUGGAUCCCUAAACACCCACCCCCCCCUCCCUCCAUUAUCCAUAUUGUUCUCUAUUUUAGAGCAGCAAUUCAGUAUGUUGCUUCCUGGAUUCAAAGAAUGUCUAUUUCCAUUAAGAUUGUAAAAUGUGAGGCACAGUUAGGGAACUAUGUCAUGUGCUCUGUAUAAUAUUUUGUCCCUUGUGAAGGACAUUUCCCUGAAAAUAGUAGUCGUCAUGUUGACAAAUUUAAGUGCUGAUCCAAAUAUGGAUUAUAUUCACAAACUAAAUUCUCUUGAUUGUAACCUCUAAGCUAAAUAUGGAGGAUUUAGGCUGCGGUUUGUCAAAACAAAAAACUGACACAGUGUAUGACAAAGACGUCAGCACUCAAAGACUAAAGAGGGUAAUAAAAACAGAUUCUAUCAUCUAUAUCAUAUUUAAGAUUGAAAAUUUGAAAUUUAAUUUCUUAUUGUAAUUAAUUUCGUAAGUGACCUUAUUGCCAUCAUUUUUGUCCAUGCACAUUGGGCUCAAUAUGAGCUCUUGUGCUUUGUGAUAAUUUAAACAGAUGUUAUUUCCCCCCUCCUCCUAGAAUACUUAACAUCCCCUCAUGUUUGUACAUUCUGUACAUAGAGUUUUCUGGUUGCUGUUUUUCAUCUUUUUUUAUUACUUAUGAGAUGUACAAAUAUAAUUCUUUGCUAAUAUAUAUAUCAUCAAAUUAGGACAAUUUUUAGGUUCAAAAUGAAAAAAAUCAAGUGACAAAUUUGAUUCAAAACUUGCUUUGAGCAAUAGAUGUAGGGAGACUCCAAGUCGACUUUAUCGUACUGAUUUGUUUGUGUCAAGUGAAUCCAGACCUAAUGUCAUGUGAUCUUAAUAGUGGCCUAUGGACAGCUUUAAGAUGAACGUUCUCAACUUCACUGCACAGCCCUACAAGGUGGUGUUUUGUUCUUUUGCUUCAGUUUCCUUUAGUAAGACUUCAAAACGAGGGAUUGUAGGUGUUUCCAAUGGUGCUAAACCUUUUAUCUAAUCAAGACAAAUAUAUUUGAUUGGAAGAGAAAUAAACAUGUCUAUACAAUGACUGUUUUAAGUUCCUCGUAGUAACUGAAAGACCUAUUAUUUCACUCAUAUAAAUAUAUUAACAAAGGCAUUUUAACUUUGUACUUGAAAAAAUAAGAAUAACAAAUAAUGAAAGGUUUCCUAUAUUGUUUUAGACUAGAGAUUGCUGUAGUUGGUGCUUAUCUGUGGGAAAAUCGUGUGAGAAAAAAAACGGUAAUAACUUUUACUGUAGCAUAAUGUAUGCUUAAUGCGCAUUGCUUCUUAAUCUUACAUUCCACGCCGUACUAUUCUCCAUGUCUGUUUUAAAAAUGUUGUUUUGAAAGGAUGAAUUUGGACUUCUAUCAGAAACAACAUUUGAGUUUUACUAUUAAACGCAGGUCAAUGAUUCUAUAUUCGGUGAAACUGUUGGCACUCUGUGACUUUCUUUCUGUCAUAACUGUUUAUGGCCUAUACGCUUUUCCUCAAGACCAGUUCGUACAGCAAAUGUAGCAGUCAUUCUCCACUUUGACCCCCCCAUCCAACUCCCCCACCCCCAUACUUAUGUUUAGUGUCCAGAGAGAAGAUAAAGGCUCCGUAUGUACUUGUGCUGGAGAACACUUGAAUAAAUGUAUUGUUUUUGUGCAAAAAAGUCA